CGCAGCACUGCCGACCGUGGCAGUGGCGAUGAAACUGUGGCCGUGGUACCAUUGACGUGGCCGUGACCAUUCGUUGCAAAUAUUUGCUCCAAUUGGCCAGUGCUCCAGUGUUUAAUCACAUGAAAGUGUUGUGUCCCAUAUCCUAUAUCCGAUAAACAGUGUGUUAUCAAACUGGGUGCGUUUUCUCUUUCGGAUUCGAUUGGAUUUUUUUUUUGUUUUGGUGAGAGCACUUACAAUGGAUACUUUCUUCCGGUUUAGAAUACAUCCUGUCCAAUGAACGAAGAGAACGUUUUGAAUACGAAAAUUGAAACAUCCGGUGAUGAAGGUUGAACGGCUUACAAGAUGGACCCAAAUGGAUCAACGAAAAACAUGUAUAAAAGAAAAGAUUGGAGGUUCCCAGAAGGCUUCAUAUCAGUCACUUUAUAUAUAAUCCUUUUUAUAGUCUCAGGCAAUUGCCAGACUAACCACAAAGAUGAAUCGAGUCAUAUCAGUAGCUCAACCAAAUCUGACUUAAAUAAAUUAGGUAAUACAGUAGAUUCUAGUAAAUGCCAUAGCUGUCGUAGUGAUAGUAAUGAAAUUAACGUUAAUGCUAAAGGCAGUAAUAUUUUAGCUGAUUUUAUAGAUACAGUUAGUACAUUUUCAGAAAAGUACGUUUUCGUAAAUGAAACAGAAAGGAAGCUACAAAAUGUACUAGAGAAAGCAUUAGAUGAAGCUUUCGAAAAAGAUAGAUAUGAAUUAAUAGAAGGUGUAGAACUAAAAGCGAUAGAUUCGAAUAACGUAACGAAAAGGUCGAGGAAAAGCUUAGAAAUUAAAAACGAAGAAAGAGCACUAUUCAGCUCGUAUACUUAUGAGUAUAGAUUAUUUCAGAAGAUAAAAAACUUUAUUGAUACACAUAUUGUAUCAAUUAAUUUACCUAAAGCUGUGGGGCUUGCCGGAUUUCGGUCGUUUGGACUUAAAAAGUUCUUCUUACCACUCCUUAUCGGCGUUCAAAUUUUCAAAAGUAUACUUGUGGCGAUGUUCCUGCCGAGCCUUUUGGGGAGUUUCGGCAAAAUUCUCGGAAAAGGUAUAUCUCAAAUAUCCGCGGCAUCGAGCCAAGCAAGCUACCCGCCAGCCAACACAGACGAGACUGCUUAUAACAACGACAAUGGGAACUUUAUGGGUUACGAAACCAACCCAGCUGCUACGUAUGCGUAUUCCCCGGACAUGUAUGGGAAUAUGGAUGGGAAUGACGUCAACGAUCAAUCUAGCAUUGAUAUGUCAAGAUUUGGCGCUGGUGGUCAGAAGGUUACAUACUUACCAACAAAGAACAGUUACUACAAAAAUCAAAUGUCCACAACCAGUAACAAUUACAAGAUUUUCCAGAAAAUUCCAGCUUCCUCUAUGAUUUUGAGCAACUAUGAUCCAUUCUACUCGCCUCUACUUUCACGUCUCGACGGUAUCUUCGCAAGACUGGGUCUAGCACCAACGGAGACAACGACGGAAGACAGCACUAUGAUCGGCGGGCAGACGCUGAGUGACGUCAAGCUGGAAGCCUGUCGGGAACAGCUGAUAUGUCUUAUGUACUCCAGUCCGGCCAAGUAUGCGCCAUAUAGCAACUUGGUGUCAGCGCAACUGAGUAGAGAGCUCAACGAACUCCGUCGGCCAGUGUCCGACAACCCGGAGAUCCUCCGUUUCUUCCGUUACAUGCGAGCUGCGAGGAGAGGCCAAGAAGGCACCGACUGCAUGACUUCUCACCCCGCGUGUGCGACCAAUACCGCUCCCUCCCACACCAUGAUAGCAGCAUACCAUGAUAUCAAUAAACUCGUCACGGCGAGGAAAUUACACACAUAAUAGGUUGUCUACGAACAAUGAUGCAGAUGCUACGAAUGCUACGAUCAAGCCUAAUGUAGAAAAUAUCAAACAAUGCAAAAAAAGCCAUCAUCAUCUUCAUCAUCAUCAUCAUUGUCAUCACACUACUUUGUUAUGACUCCACUAAAGAAUAGAGUCUGAGAGGAGAAAUUACACCAAGUCGCCCAAUAAGAUGUCCCUAAUAUAAGUGGACAUUUUGUUAACCCUGUGUUUAUCCAACUGGACUAUCAAAAUAGAGACUAAUUACUUUAUUCAUUGAGUUUGAUCCAUACAAAACUAGCAUUUGAAUUCUAAUUCUAAAAGUUUGUUUAUCACUCUUUAUUAGCACGAUUUUAAGGCUGUGUAAUAAUACAAGGCUUCUACAUACAUAUAAUUCACAAUACAUUGACAAAACAGAAUCUUUCGUCCAGAAAAAAUGUUAUUUUCUAGAAGUUUAAAAAAACACGAGUAAAAGCAAGUUUCAUAAAAGUUUCUAUUACAUAA